AUGGCUAGUCCGCCUUCUAUCAACAAUGGCGACUAUGACCCAAAGACUGAUAAAGCAAGGAAGGCCAAGUCAAAUGAUCCAGGCUGGAAGUAUGGUUAUUGGGCAAACCUUCAAAACCGAGAUCAGGUGACAUGUACCCUUUGUGAUGUUGAGGUUUGUGGAGGGAUAAAAAGGUUGAAGCAACAUCUGGCAGGUGGCUAUGGAGAUGUCAAAAUGUGUCUGAAGACGACUACUGCUAUUAGAAAGGAGAUGAGAGAUUAUCUGGAAUCCAACAGGAGGAGAAGGCCAUUGUUCUUAGAAGAGGGUGAUGAACAGCAAGAGGAAGCAGAUGUGGUGGUGCUGGAAGCAGGCACAGCUGAAUUGACUGAAGUUGGAGAAAGUGCACCUGAAGGAUCCCAAACCUCCAGGGUGCAGCCAACUGCACGACAGUUUCAGAUUGCAAUUGAGGCAACAGCACAGUUUGGUUCUGGGUAUGUGCCACCUUCUCCCCACCUGCUUGGAGAACCAUUGCUUAAUGAUGCUAUGAAAUUGACUAGCAAUGGACCUUCAGGGCUGGUUGAAGAAGACUCAGGUUCAGCCAAUGAAGAAGAGGAAGAUGACCAUGAUUCACAUGAUGAUGCUGAUGUGAGCGAUUGUGAGGAUGCUCCAAGUGGCACCAAUGGUGAUGGAGAGAACGUGGAUGCUACAAAUGUCCAUGAUGAGUUUGAUGAUGGGUAUUAG